CGCGGGCGCCCCCGGCCCCCCCUCCCCCCCCCCUCCGGAGGCGGCCGCCGGUUGCCGGGGUGAUCUCGCCCUCUUAAAGGACCCGCGGCGGCCGCCCCUCGUUGCGCGUUGCUGGCGGGGGCCGCGCUGCGGCCUGCGGGGGAGGGAUGGCCGGGCCCGGCCCAGCGGCGGCGGGGGGACGGGGGACGCGACGUCGGCGGUGAGGGGAGCGGGGGGCCCGAGCGGGCGAGUGAUGGCGCCUUGUGGUUCCGCCGGCAGGAGCGGUGCCGGGAUGGCGGCCGGCGGUGUCCCGGCGGGGGAGGCGCACAGCGUCUGCAUGGUGUCGGACUUCUUCUACCCCAACAUGGGGGGCGUGGAGAGCCACGUGUACCAGCUGUCGCAGUGCCUCAUCGAGCGGGGCCACAAGGUCCUGGUGGUCACGCACGCCUACGGCCGCCGCAAGGGCGUCCGCUACCUCACCAACGGCCUGAAGGUCUACUACUUGCCCCUGAAGGUCAUGUACAACCAGUCGACGGCGACGACGCUCUUCCACAGCCUGCCCUUGCUCAGGUACAUAUUCGUGCGGGAGAGGGUCACCGUUGUCCACGCGCACAGCUCCUUCUCCGCCAUGGCCCACGACGCCCUCUUCCACGCCAAGACCAUGGGGCUGCGGACGGUGUUCACGGACCACUCCCUCUUCGGGUUCGCUGAUGUCAGCUCGGUGCUUACCAACAAACUGCUGACGGUGUCCCUGUGCGAUACGAACCACAUCAUCUGCGUCUCCUACACGAGUAAGGAAAACACGGUGCUGCGGGCAGCUUUGGACCCUCGCAUAGUCUCUGUCAUCCCCAAUGCUGUCGAUCCCACCGACUUCACGCCAGACCCAUCGAGGAGGGAUGACAGUACGAUAACAAUCGUUGUUGUCAGCAGACUUGUUUACAGAAAAGGUGUAGAUUUGCUUAGUGGUAUAAUUCCUGAGCUCUGUCAGAAAUAUCCAGAGUUACAUUUCUUAGUUGGAGGAGAAGGACCAAAACGGAUCGUACUGGAAGAAGUCCGGGAAAGAUACCAACUGCAUGACAGGGUACGUCUCCUAGGAGCCUUGGAACACCAGGAUGUUAGAAAUGUUCUAGUCCAGGGGCACAUUUUUCUCAACACUUCCCUCACUGAGGCCUUUUGUAUGGCAAUUGUGGAAGCAGCAAGCUGUGGUUUACAGGUUGUGAGUACAAGAGUUGGUGGAAUUCCUGAGGUGCUUCCAGAAAAUCUCAUUAUUUUAUGUGAACCCUCUGUGAAAUCUUUGUGUGAUGGAUUAGAAAAAGCGAUUGCCCAGCUCAGAUCAGGAACACUACCAUCUCCAGAAACUGUUCAUAAUAAAGUAAAGACAUUUUACACAUGGAGGAAUGUAGCAGAGAGAACUGAGAAAGUGUAUGACAGGGUUGCAGAUGAAGUGGUUUUACCAAUGGAUGAGCGACUUAACAGACUAAUGUCUCACUGUGGCCCAGUGACUGGGUAUAUUUUUGCUCUUUUUGCUGUUCUGAACUUCCUUUUCUUGGCAUUUCUGAGGUGGAUGACUCCAGAUUCCAUUAUUGAUGUUGCAGUAGAUGCCACAGGACCUAAAGGCGCAUGGACUAAACAGUAUUUUUUGGGGAAGAAAGGAAGAGUUAAAGAAGAAGUUCCAAGCUCCUCAAAUGCUCAAAUGGAGAGGAGAGAAUGCAUCAGUCACUAACGGUUUUAAUGCUUGCUGAUAGAGACAUUACUCUUAAAAUUCUUCAGUUUCUUUCUGCAGUUCUUGGAAAGAAACUUGUUAAAUGUGCUACCUCAAUUUAGGAUUAUGUUUUCAUUUAGUUUUGAAUACAUGCAAAUUUAUGGAAAUCUCUUUUGCACUUAAAACUGGGAGGAGAACAAGGGUUUUUAUAUGUGUCAAAAGCCUUUUAGACAAAUACAAGAUUUUUCUUGACACCUUGAAUAUUACAGAAAGUGACUGUAAACUUUAGUGGUAUUUGGGAAGGCAAAACACAAAAAUUAUUAGCCUACAGUAGUCGCUGUUAUUUCCUGGUAUUUACUGUGAUUUUUAUUUUGAGACCAACUUAAAAAUAUUUAAUUAAAAAUCCAACAAAGCACACCUUUUCUUUCUAAGAUGAAAAUGGCACUUGAAAUUAGUCAUGAAGUCCAUUACUAUGGAAAUUUCAGAGACUUAGUUCUAACAGUUGUGUCCCAGUGAGUUUUGCCUGCACAGUGUUAUUAUUUUGAAGUUCUUCCCUAGUCAAAAUUGGAUCAUCCUGUUGCUAAAUUGAAACUCCAUAAUGAAUUUUUGAUAUUUUCAGAGGUGCUAAAUUUGUCCUGUUCACUUACAUGUGUGAAAGUGAAUUAAGCUUAUGGCGCUUUUAAAAAAAGUACAUAGGUGAAGAUAUUAUAUUACUUAGAGAUAAUGUAGCCUUCAGAAACAGCUCAGGCCUGAAAACUCCUCCAGCAAACUAUGCCAAAGCAUGAAGUAACACGUGUGUGUGUGUGUGCCCACACGAGAGAGAAAUUUGUGAAGGGCUUAACAAGUACCAUCGUGCUUGCUCUCCCUUCCAACCUCCCCUCUUUUCUUCUCCCCCUGCCCCCCACUGUGCCCGCCCCACCCCCAGUUAUGGCCAAAAUGACGCCUUAGUUAUGACCAAAAUGGCAUUUCGGUCCAUCCCUGGGAGGGACAGUGUUUAGUGUGCGUGAUUUCACCUAGACCUCAUCAGAGGCACUUUCAGACAGGUUCUGCAAGUUAAAUCCUGAGAUGGUAUCCCUUAAAUGGAAAUAGGCAAUAGAUCUGCUUUUCCUGGAGAGAGAGAGAGAGAGAGAAAAAAAACCAACCAACCAAGUGGGUCCUUGCCUCUGUCAGCAGUGCUAAGUAGUCCUGGGACAAUAGGCAGCACAACACACACAUGUGUGAGAGGAGGCAUUUAUCUCAUUUAUGUCAACCACCUCUAAAACUGCCCCCUGCCUAAUGCACUGGGUUAAUUUCUUUUUCCAGCAUCACUGAAGACUAAAACUUCUGCAAUUUUAUGACUCUGAGUAUUACAUAGUGUUGGACACUAUGAAUUCUAAAACUGUGCAAUAUGAAAAUGCUGCCUCCAAACCCUUGAAGGGCAGGCAGUAUUUAAAACGCUAGUGUCAAUAUCAUCUUGUUUGCAUAGAGAUGUACCCUAACAUCUGACAUUUUAUAACUUCAUUGAACAUAUUUUCAUGAAACAGAGAAAGGUAAAGUGAAAUAAAUGCCAUAUGCAAAGUCUAUUUUGUUUUACUAGAAUUUUUAGCCUUUGAUACAUAGCAUACAAAAUGCAUUGUAAUACAAUUUGAAUUUUUCAAACUGCAUUAGAAGUGGAGGUCAGCUAAAAUGGUGCCACACAGAUUAUGCAUAAAUGGGUGGAAUUAAGGUAAUAUUUUACUUUUCAAAGUUACAGACUUGAAUGUUAAAAAAAAAGUAACAACUUUUUAAAAAUGCUGAUUAUCAUUCCAGGGAAAUCUUAUAUAUAUAUUUUUAAUAAUAUAUUUGUUGAUUCUCAUUUAUUUCUCUUUGGUUUCCUGCAACACCUACAACAGAAAUCAAAUUUGCAACAGGAUUAUGAGAAUCUGUUUGAAGUACUUCUCAGUUUUCUUUUGUGGAACAUUUGAGUUCUUACGAAUAACCUAAUUAAACCAUGUUAUAGUCUUGUUUACAAGACAAAUUUACAGUUUAUCUAGAAGUUUACUUACCUUCCCAUAAGGAAUGGUUAUUCUUCAGUUUUUAUGUGGAAACAUACAAUUAGCAAGUAUAGAAAUACACUCCAUAUUGCUGCUUCUCAUCGCUGGUGGCUGGACUUUUUUUUGAGAAAGAUGAUGAUUAAAAAACAUUCUGCAGAAGCUGUCACGAAAAUUCAAUCUGGAACUGGAUUAACUACAAAUAUGCGGUUUCUCAAGUAACACAGCUUGUGUUGCGCGUAACUCUUUGCGGGACUGAUUAAUUUACCAGCCUUGUGCAGUGGAGUAAGGGAUGGUGUCACUGAAUCAUUUAGUUUUUAAAAAGCAUCAGUGGGUAAAAUGGAAAGGUUUAAAUACAGUAACAGCAACAACUGAAAAAAGCAAACAGAUAAUGAGUGCGUUUUAGGAAUACGUAUUCAGAAAUUAAUAAAAUAACUCUUUAAAAAAAAAUCUCUAACUCUUUAAAUAAGUCUGUUUCAGUUGUGCUUGUAGGUAACGUUUGAUCCUUGUGAAAUACUAAGGAAGUGUUACCGGAGAGCUGAGUUACUUCUUGCACAGAGCGGAGCCUCCUAUGUGGAGGAAGGGGGAACACCCAAAACCCUCCUAUGUAGAAGGUUCCCCCCUCCCCUUUCAUAGAAGGGUCCAUUGAUCAACAAUGAAAUUCCUUCCCACGGGCACAAGGAGAAAUUGUGUUUCCAAUACAUUAUAUGCAGACACUGUGAAGUAAGGAGUGGACAGCACGUUGAUAAUGGAAAAUUGUGUGUUAAGCCCGAACAAGUAUCAAGUAAAGUAUGAACGUAGGAUUCAUCUUUUGUAUUGUGUUUCCGGGGCUGUGAAUAGAUCUGUAAGAAGGUAACUACACUGUAAUGUACUUAUUUUUGUGGUCAACUUUUUCUGCAUCUUUUUAAAAUAAACUUAUUUUUCCCCUUUUGGUA